AACGAUGGAAAAAUAAUAAUGAAAAAGGGCAAUCAGAGUCUGAUUGGAGCAAACUGAAGACCGGGCUUCCCACCCUUAUACAGCUUUGAUUAUUAUUGAAUUGUAUAGUUAUAGCAGUAUCGAAUCAGAGAAGUGUCUCUAGUCUAGUCUACAUUUGAGAGUUGAGAAGCGUUCGAUAUAGAUAUACGGCCGAUCACUCUACAAAUGCUGUUUCUAUAGCUUCCGAUCCGAUUGCAGGGUGUGUUUGCGUUUGGAGAUGAUGGAUAUGACAUGGAUCAAUGCUCUUCUAGUAGGGGCAGGCUGUUUUGCUCUGGGAUACCUCAUGAGUGCACGACAUCUUGCUCGAAAUUUUGUUUCAACCAGGGUAGCUAAAGAGACCUCAGUUGUGGAUGUAAACAAGAAGAAUCGGUCCAAAGAACCCCUUGAGAUUGAAAAGCUGGCUGACAUUCUUGAAGAUUUCAAAAUGGUUUUGGUUGUGAGGAAUGACUUAAAGAUGGGGAAAGGAAAGAUUGCUGCCCAAUGCAGUCAUGCAACUUUGGGUCUCUAUAAAAAGCUGCUUCAUCGUGCACCAAAAGCUUUAAACAGGUGGGAGAUGUGUGGGCAGGUUAAGGUGGUUGUGAAAAUUGAAAGCGAGGAAGAUUUGCUAGUUCUGCAAGAAAAGGCAAAAUCACUGAACAUACCAACCCACGUCACAAUUGAUGCAGGGAGGACACAAAUUGCACCGAAUUCAAGGACCGUAAUGGCCAUUAUUGGACCUGCUGAAAUGGUUGAUGAUGUAACAGGUGGACUGAAGCUUUUGUAGGGACUGAUUCAUUAGGGUUGGUAUCUAUCUGACUGGUACGAGCGUUACAUUACAUGGUAGAGUUCUGAGAUCUCAGUUUUAUGGCUGAGAGUGUUGCAAAAUCUACUCACUUGAUUGGAGAAUGGGCAGAGGAUCUCGUUGGUGAUGAUGAUGAUGAUGAAAUUUUUUCUAUAUAGACCCAUUAUCAAUGAUGGAAUUAUUCUUUUUGAGUUGAAUAUGAUUGGUGAUAGUGAAACUGAAUCACAUCACCGUUUAAUUUGCAAAUUAGACCAAGUGAUUGGUUUGUUGCUUUGUAAUGAUGCUCCAUUGUCUCUCAACCUGGUGACAUCUUUUGAGUUGUUUUUGCACCAUGAAUGCAACCGUGACUUUUGUACUCUAUCUAGGAUAUGAUCAGGUUGAGUUAUUGAGCUGGGUUAGGCUUGUAAGCUUUGAAUUAGACUAAGGAGGUGGCAGAGCUUGGAAGGUGACUUUGUUUGCGGUUCAUCACAUAUAUGUGGGAUAUGGCUGGGCCAAUUGUCUUAUCCCAAUUUGGCUGCUCAGCUUAGUAUUGUUUGAUUUGUAUGUUCAAGAUGUGGGGUCAUGGUAUGACUCUUUCUUGUUUUUAAGAAACCCAACACAAAAGUUA